AUGCUAUUAAAUAUUCAUAAUGUCUCAUCUGAACCCAUUACAUUGAUUGCUGGAUCUACUUUUCUCUUGGGUUCUUGGUUUGGUUGGGAUACCAUAAAAACAAAUACCUUUUGUCGUUUUAUGGAAUGUUGCGACGAAAGACAUGUACCAUACGAUUUAAACAAACUGAAACUUCUCUUCUCACACAAAAUAUUUGGCCAACCAUUGGUGAAUGAGUUAAUAAAUAUUUUAGCUGCUCACAAGGAAGCAUUAAAUGAUGAAAUAAAGAAGAAUAAAAAAGCCCUUGUAAUAAGUUUACAUGGUUGGUCGGGGGUUGGUAAGAAUUAUGCAACUAGUAUGAUAGCUGAAUCCUUAUUUGAGAAAGGCGUCCAGAGCAAGUAUGUGAAGAUCUUCAUGGGUAAAAAAGAUUUUGAUUGCACAGAAGUCCAUAAAACACAGCAAAAGCUUAUAGAUGAUGUUAAAAACAUUGUGAAAACUUGUCCAACGUCAUUGAUAAUCUUUGAUGAAAUCCACGAAUUAUGUCCAAGUAUUUUGGAUGCCAUAAAACCAAUGUUCGAUCAUCAUCAUAUGGUUGAUGGAAUAGACUUUAGGAAUACAAUAUUCAUUUUUAUUUCCAAUAUUGGUGGUAAAGAAAUAGCAAAACAUCUUUUGGAAUUAUACAGUCAAGGCAUAAAGAGAAAUGAAGUUGAUUUUCAUAACUUUGAACCCAUUAUACGAAGGGUAGCUUAUAGCACAGGUGGUUUUGAAAAAUCUGCGACUAUAUCUCAGAAUUUAAUUGAUCAUUUUAUACCAUUUCUGCCAUUGGAACAACAACAUGUUGAGGCAUGUGCAUUAGCCGAAUUCAGAUCUCAUGGAGUAUUUCAUCCAACUGAAGAAAUGAUGGCGGAUGCUUUAGCGGUGAUAACUUAUGGUCCAACAGAAGAUCAGCCAAUUUUUGCUAAUAAUGGCUGUAAAAGAUUUACCAAGCAAAUUCCAUAUGUAAUUCAAAAGCAUAAGGUUAAGAGUGAAUUGUGA